AUAAAAUGAUAUACACACACACACAGCUGCGCUAGCUGCCUCUGGUCCUGAUAAUCUUCCAGCCUGCUCAGGCCACCGUUGCUUUCCAUAAGUCUCUGGAGGUCAGUCAUGUGGCGGCGCUGAUGUAAUCGGACACCAGAGACACCGGGGAGACCAGGAAGUCUCGCAGGGGGGAGGUCGUCGAUCCGAUAGGCGAGUCCCACAUUAUUUGUCAGUAUGACAGACUUUGAUGGCUACCAGGACCAGCUGCAGAGUGAUGCCCAGUUCCUGUGCUCGGAUCACCGGCUGGACACCGAGUUGCUUGAUAGGCUGGUGCUGCAGCUCAACAGGAUCUACCCCCAGAUACUCAGCGACAAGGAAGCACACAGGUUCAGGACCCUGAGCGUGCCCACAAAGGUCCGACUAGCCGAGCUGUUGAAGCACCUGCACGGGAGAGGCGAAGACGCGUGUCACGAGUUCUACCGAGCGCUUCACAUUCACGCUGAGGAGGUCUACUCCUACCUGCCCACCAGAGUCAAACGAAGAGAGAUGGCUGAUACUAAACCGACUAACAAUGUGGCAGUCCACCAAGAGCGAUCUGGGCUUAAUCAGAGAGGACCAACUUUCUUCCUGAGCUGCUUCUGUUUUGUAGUUGGAAUUGCAAUCCUCUACUAUUAUGGAGAGGCCGAGACAUUGAGAUGUACCGGGGGGUUUCUUCACUGCUCUGCGGAACGACUUAGCAAAAAUGCGAGAUGUGUUUUAACUUCCUAUGUGGAGGUUGGAAUGCAGAAAUAAUGAGGCCAUUAAUGUGGUGAACUGCUUAAGAAGUAGCCCUGUGAGAAGAACAAACUGGAGAAUUUGCCUCUUUGCUGUGCCAAACUCGCAUGAAUCUGCAGAGAUACAACUUUUUUCUGUCUGAAACUGCAUGUCUUAGAGUUUUAGUUUAAGCAUACAAGCAACUAACUGACAUUUUUUAACUCUCUUGACAUUAACGCAACUCGUUCCGUCAGGAUUUCCGCUAACGUCCCUUAAAAAGAAAAGAAAAAGACACACUUUUUUCCUGUAUUAGCUAAUGUGAGAAUCUUGUCUUUUACCUUUUUUUUUUGAGUUAAUAACUGAAUGUGUUUUUGGUUGCUGUAGAUUGAGUCAGCAUUCAGUAAGUGUCAUCAUUAAAUGUUUAAAUUGUCAGCUUAAGAACUGAAGAGCUAAAAGGCUAAUGAAAGGUGGGGGAACGCCCUGUUCUGAGAGGAGAAGUGUUCGGGCAGACCCAGGUGAAAACAUUUGUGUGUGGACUGUUGGUGUGUGCAGGCUAUAACUUGAAUUUAAAAUGUUCUUAAAUGCACAGAUACUAUAACAGAUGCUACACUUCCAACACCUUAACCCACUUCCAGUGCCUUUCCUGCUGCGUUGAAUCAAUCCUUGAUAAUCUACUGAAGUGCAAUAUAACAACUUUCCCUCAAAUAAAGCACAAAAAGUUAAA